AAUUUUUUGUUAGUUUAACUUGAGAUGCAAGGAAUUUGAGUGCUAAGUCUUAUACAGAAUAUAAACCCAAACUAUAGUGGAAGAAGCAAGUUAUACAAAAGAAGUUGGUGUAUUUUUUAAAUUUCAAUCUCUCUGGAAAAAUACUGAACGAAUUUUAGUGGUGUUAUAAUGACAACUUAUACAAACAAAGGUCCUAAGCCAAGUGCUGGGACAUUUAACAGUUUCGAUCAUAUCACGUUUUAUGUAGGAAAUGCCAAACAAGCUGCCACCUACUACACCACAAAAUUAGGAUUUGAACCCUUGGGCUAUCAGGGAUUGGAAACAGGAAGCCGUAGAUUUGCAAAACAUGCUGUUAAACAAAAUAAAAUUGUUUUUGUUUUUGUAUCAUCAUACCUUCCGAAUGAUUCAGAACAUGGAGAGCAUUUAGUGAGGCAUGGUGAUGGUGUUAAGGAUAUUGCUUUUGAAGUCGAACAACUUGAUGAAAUCGUACAAUUUGCCAAACAACGUGGUGCCAAAAUUAUCCGAGAUAUAUGGGAAGAGAGUGAUGAAAAUGGAAUAGUACGAUUCGCUACUUUGCAAACAUACGGAGACACCCUUCAUACCUUAGUUGACCGCAAAAACUAUAGUGGUCCAUUCUUACCCGGUUACAAGACAUCACCAAAAGAUCCCCUAUUACAAUUGUUACCUCCAGCUAAAUUAAAUUUUAUCGAUCAUGUUGUUGGCAAUCAGCCAGAUCUUCAAAUGGAAGCUGUGGCCAAAUGGUACGAACAUAUUUUACAAUUCCAUCGUUUUUGGUCCGUAGACGAUUCACAAAUUCACACAGAAUAUUCAUCGUUACGAUCGAUUGUUAUGAGUAACUAUGAAGAAACUGUUAAGAUUCCCAUCAAUGAACCUGCCAAUGGUAAAAAGAAGUCACAAAUUCAGGAAUUUGUUGAUUAUUAUGGAGGUGCUGGAGUCCAACAUAUUGCUCUCAAUACAGACGAUAUCGUUGGGGCUAUACGUAAUUUGAGAGCACGUGGAAUGGAAUUUCUAUCCGUGCCAAGUAGUUAUUAUGAUCUUUUGAAAAAACAACUACAAAGUAGUAGCACGAAAAUAAAGGAAGAUAUGGGAGUUCUGCAAGAAUUGAAUAUUUUGAUUGAUUACGACGAAAAUGGAUAUCUUUUGCAGAUUUUCACAAAGAACAUGCAAGAUAGACCAACGCUUUUCCUCGAAGUCAUUCAGCGACAUAACCAUAAUGGAUUCGGUGCUGGAAAUUUUAAAGCUUUAUUCUCGGCAAUUGAAAUCGAACAAGAGAGGAGAGGCAACUUGUAAAUUAAGAGGAACAGCAAAAAAAACAUUAAAACAUUUUGUUUUGUUUAAUUUAAUUUAGAAAAUUAUGUACUUUUAUUCUAAAAUAGAUGAAAAACAUUGCAAAUGAAAAAUCAA